GUUUUUCUUAAAUUUUAGGAGCUACACGAAAGCCAACCAGUAACUUUCAAUGAAAAAAUCCACCGACCAGGACAAAGGUAAACCGCACAAGGAGAAAACUUUCCGAAACAAGAACAAACGAAAAUACAAACGCAAGAAGUCUAGCGUCAAGCAAACGAAACGGAUUUUCGAAGAUAAACCAUACGCUGCUGCUGGGAAAUCUCCCUCCACGGCUCCGGCUUCGUACCCUCCAAGACCGCGGUCAAUUUAUCCGCUGGUAAAACAUGCUCAAAACGUGUGGAUUAAAACGUAUCAGAACAUCGUAAAAUGGCAGUUUCAGCAUCAGGUAAACUACUGGAAACAGCACGCCCUGCAGCUACGGGAGGAAAAUGCACGCCUGAGGAGGUGUCUCGCGGUUCAGGAUUCCGAGGACGAAGAUGACGAAGAAGCCACGGCUCGUGAGCAGCAACAAAAGCAAGGAGCCGCUGCAGCCGAUGACGAAAACGACGCUUUGGACGAGGAGUUUAUCGCGUUCAUGGAAGUAUCGGCCAGACAUCGCCAGGAACGGAGGAGAUUGAAAAACGAAAGUGUUCAUUAAUUAGAUUUAUGAAUAAAUUAAGCAAGAUUAAA